CAAGCGCCACCGUUCCGCCCUACCAGCUCCAGCCCGCCGCCCACCAGCCUGCAGGCUCCGCAUCGUCCUCGCAGGCCCGGCCCUCCGCACACCUCGCACGGAGAGGAAAACUAUGGAGGUGGUUUCCGCCCGUAGGCGGGUGGAAAAGCCCAUGGUGAAUGCCUCGGGGUCUCCCCCAUCGCUGCGGGAAAGGGAAAGGGAGGAGGAAAUGAACUUCACUCCCCAAGAGAACUACCCGUAUUCCCAACCUGAGGGGAAGCCUUUGGAUGGAAGGGAAGCCAAGGGGGAACCCUGGGCACUUCUCCGGGAAUCCACUCGCCAAGGGAGGGUCACUCGGUGCGCACAAAUUGGUUACUAUGACAAUACAACUGCAGCCUUCAGUUGCCUUGGCAGCUGCUUAUCCAAUCCGAUUGGUUUCUUUUCUUCCCUGGGGCUCCACCCUAUCCCCUCCAACAGUCUCCCAGCGUGAAGGGGGAGGGGCCGCAGAAAAAAAGGAGGGGGGUCCUUUAGCGUCACUCUAGGGCUCGAGGGCAGAUCAGAAACGAGGGACUGGCGGCCGGAACUGUACGAGGAAGGGGAGGCGUUUCCGGUACGGAAGAGUGGAGGGGUGGAAAAAGGAAGCUAGAAAUUGGGUGGAGUGGAAAGACGGGGGAAGACUUUCAGUGUAACUCCCAGUUGAUUUGGGCUCAAUGUUCCCGGUGAGGGUGGGGUUGCCCCCUCGCGCGGGAGGAGAGGGGUGGAUUGGCCGGAAGCCGCCGAGCGUCUCCAGCGGGCUACUCAGCAGCCGCGCAGGUGCAGCCGAGCUAACAGAUCCCAAGAGGGAGCGCUACCGAAAGGCGGAAAUCGCCAGGAGGGACCGGCGCCGCUGAAAUCUCGCGAGAGAGACCCCCACACUUCCUUCCUCUACUUCUCCCUCCUCUUUCCCCCGCCCCCAUCCCUCCUCCCUCCCCCUCCCCCUCCCGGGUCGGAGUGUCCCUGCGCCCCACGGGCCGGAGCAGCAGCGAGAGCAGCUUUCCCCGCUCCCUCCCCCUCGCCUCACUCACCCCCACCCCCCCGCCGAGCGAGGAGGAGCCGGAGGAGAGGAAGAUGGCGGCGGCCGCCAGCACCCGCGGUGCCGCGGGGCCGCUCCGAGGAGCCUGAGAGACCCACAGAGGCUUCGCGGGAAGACGCGGGCGGCGGAGGAUGAGCCUGCAGAGCGCGCAGUAUCUCCGGCAGGCAGAAGUCCUGAAGGCUGACAUGACAGAUUCUAAGCUGGGUCCAGCUGAGGUCUGGACAUCCAGGCAGGCUCUGCAGGACCUGUACCAGAAAAUGCUAGUUACUGAUUUGGAAUACGCUUUAGACAAGAAAGUAGAACAGGAUCUCUGGAAUCAUGCCUUUAAGAAUCAGAUCACAACACUACAAGGCCAGGCAAAGAAUCGAGCAAACCCGAAUCGGAGUGAAGUUCAGGCAAACCUUUCUCUGUUCCUAGAGGCAGCUAGUGGCUUCUAUACUCAGUUAUUACAAGAACUGUGUACAGUGUUUAAUGUAGAUUUACCAUGCCGUGUAAAGUCUUCCCAAUUGGGAAUUAUCAGCAAUAAACAGACGCAUACCAGCGCCAUAGUGAAGCCACAGUCCAGCUCCUGUUCCUAUAUCUGCCAGCACUGCCUCGUCCACCUUGGAGACAUUGCUCGAUACAGAAACCAGACCAGCCAGGCAGAGUCCUACUAUAGGCAUGCAGCUCAGCUUGUCCCUUCGAAUGGUCAGCCUUACAAUCAGUUGGCUAUCUUAGCUUCUUCCAAAGGAGACCAUCUGACCACAAUUUUCUACUACUGCAGAAGCAUUGCUGUGAAGUUCCCUUUCCCAGCUGCCUCUACUAAUCUACAAAAAGCACUUUCUAAAGCACUGGAAAGCCGGGAUGAGGUGAAGACCAAGUGGGGUGUUUCUGACUUCAUCAAGGCCUUUAUAAAAUUUCACGGUCAUGUGUACCUGAGUAAGAGCUUGGAAAAGUUGAGCCCUCUUCGAGAGAAAUUGGAAGAACAAUUUAAGAGGCUGCUGUUCCAAAAAGCUUUCAACUCUCAGCAGUUAGUUCACGUCACUGUCAUUAACCUGUUUCAACUUCAUCACCUUCGUGACUUUAGCAAUGAAACAGAACAGCAUAGUUAUAGCCAAGAUGAGCAGCUGUGUUGGACACAGCUGCUGGCCCUCUUUAUGUCUUUUCUUGGCAUCCUGUGCAAGUGUCCUCUCCAGAACAAGUCUCAGGAGGAAUCCUACAAUGCCUAUCCCCUACCUGCAGUCAAGGUCUCCAUGGACUGGCUGAGACUCAGACCCAGGGUCUUUCAGGAAGCAGUGGUAGAUGAAAGACAGUACAUUUGGCCCUGGCUAAUUUCUCUUCUGAAUAGUUUUCAUCCCCAUGAAGAGGAUCUUUCAAGUACCAAUGCUACACCGCUUCCAGAGGAAUUUGAGUUACAAGGAUUCUUGGCUUUGAGACCUUCUUUCAGGAACUUGGAUUUUUCCAAAGGCCACCAGGGUAUUACAGGAGACAAAGAGGGUCAGCAGCGACAAAUACGGCAGCAGCGCUUGAUCUCUAUAGGCAAAUGGAUCGCAGAUAAUCAGCCAAGGCUGAUUCAGUGUGAAAAUGAGGUAGGGAAAUUGUUGUUUAUCACAGAAAUCCCAGAGUUAAUACUGGAAGACCCCAGUGAAGCCAAAGAGAACCUCAUUCUGCAAGAGACAUCCAUGAUAGAAUCCCUGGCUGCCGAUGGGAACCCAGGACUGAAGUCAGUGCUGUCUACAGGCCGGAAUCUAAGCAACAACUGUGACACAGGAGAGAAACCAGUGGUCACCUUCAAAGAGAACAUUAAGCCACGAGAAGGGAACAGAGACCAAGGAAGAAGUUUUCCUCCCAAAGAGGUAAAAUCACAGACAGAAUUAAGAAAGACUCCAGUGUCUGAAGCCAGGAAAACACCUGUAACUCAAACCCCAAGUCAAGCAAGUAACUCCCAGUUCAUCCCCAUUCAUCACCCUGGAGCCUUUCCUCCUCUUCCCAGCCGGCCAGGGUUCCCGCCCCCAACAUAUGUUAUCCCCCCUCCUGUGGCAUUUUCUAUGGGCUCAGGUUACACCUUCCCAGCUGGUGUUUCUGUCCCAGGAACCUUUCUUCAGCCUACAGCUCACUCUCCAGCAGGAAACCAGGUGCAAGCUGGGAAACAGUCCCACAUUCCUUACAGCCAGCAACGGCCCUCUGGACCAGGGCCAAUGAACCAGGGACCUCAACAACCACAGCCACCUUCUCAGCAACCCCUUACAUCUUUACCAGCUCAGCCAACAGCACAGUCUACAAGCCAGUUGCAGGUUCAAGCUCUAGCUCAGCAACAGCAGUCCCCUACAAAAGCUGUGCCAGCUUUGGGGAAAAGCCCUCCUCACCACUCUGGAUUCCAGCAGUAUCCACAGGCAGAUGCCUCCAAACAGCUGUGGAAUCCCCCUCAGGUUCAAGGCCCAUUAGGGAAAAUCAUGCCUGUGAAACAGCCCUACUACCUUCAAACCCAAGACCCCAUAAAACUGUUUGAGCCGUCAUUGCAACCUCCUGUAAUGCAGCAACAGCCUCUAGAGAAAAAAAUGAAGCCUUUUCCCAUGGAGCCAUAUAACCAUAAUCCCUCAGAAGUCAAGAUCCCAGAAUUCUACUGGGAUUCUUCCUACAGCAUGGCUGGUAACAGAGCUGUAAUGUCACAGCAAGCCAACAUGGACCGCAGGGGCAAACGGUCCCCAGGAGUCUUCCGUCCAGAGCAGGAUCCUGUGCCCAGGAUGCCAUUUGAGAAAUCCUUACUGGAGAAGCCCUCGGAGCUCAUGUCACAUUCAUCCCCUUUCCUGUCCCUCACCGGAUUCUCUCUCAAUCAGGAAAGAUAUCCCAAUAACAGUGUGUUCAAUGAGGUAUAUGGAAAAAACCUGACAACCAGCUCCAAAGCAGAACUUAACCCUACGAUUGCCCCCCAGGAAACAUCACUCUACUCCCUUUUUGAGGGGACUCCGUGGUCUCCAUCACUUCCAGCCAGUUCAGAUCAUUCAACACCAGCCAGCCAAUCUCCUCAUUCCUCCAACCCAAGCAGCCUGCCAAGCUCCCCUCCAACACACAACCAUAAUUCUGUCCCAUUCUCCAACUUUGGACCCAUUGGGACUCCAGAUAACAGGGAUAGGAGAACUGCAGAUCGGUGGAAAACUGAUAAGCCAGCCAUGGGUGGAUUUGGCAUUGAUUAUCUCUCAGCAACAUCAUCCUCUGAGAGCAGUUGGCAUCAGGCUAGCACUCCAGGUGGUUCCUGGACAGGCCAUGGCCCCUCCAUGGAGGAUUCCUCUGCUGUCCUCAUGGAAAGCCUAAAGUCUAUCUGGUCCAGUUCCAUGAUGCAUCCUGGACCUUCCGCUUUGGAGCAGCUGUUAAUGCAGCAGAAGCAGAAACAGCAGCGGGGACAAGGCACCAUGAACCCUCCACACUGAGGCCAAAGUGGCAUCCCUGGGAAUGAAGGCUCCAUAAACCAUGGCAUGUUGGGUUUGCAGGACUGGCCCACACAGUCCCCUGCAGGUGGCAGCCCUCUUUUCUGUUUCUUGCUGUUGAGAGGGUGUAAGUGUUCCACCAGCCCGCUGAGUGUGCACGAAAUGUCUGCAGUGCAACAAAAAGAAAAAACCAUCAGGAACUCUCCGUCCCCCCGGGCCUUCCGGAGGGAGAGAGGAACUGCUGUUUGUCUCACUCAGUUACCUGAUGUCACCGCCUCUCACCUUCUCCACCGUGCAUGUCCCCAGCCACAUGGGAAGUGAAAGCUGAGAAGGGAAGGCAGAUGGGAGAAGCCAAUGGGAACUUCUCAGUCCUUUUUUCCUCUUUGGGGAAUAAAAUAGGAAUCCAUUAAUGAUUGCUUUGCUGACUGAGAAUGUAGUUGAAAUUAUUCCUGAACAUCUUUUAUUAUUAUUAUUAUUACUCCCAGUAGUAAAUAUCACACUGAAUUCUUCCAUACACAGAUGUGCUUCUUCUAGUCAGUGUGUAGCAAGGAGAGCCCCGUGCACUGCUCCUGUUGGUGAGAGGUUGGUGGUGACAGGAUGGGGAAACUGACCUCUUCAGCCAGUGGAAACGUUCCAUAAGGGAGAGGACGAGGCCUCAACUUGACUCAGAAGGUUCUGGUGGGCCCGCCUCUGGCCUGGAGACUCCAGCAGGAAAUGCCCUUCACUCUGUAGGUGCUCGAGCCCCAGUCGAGGAUGCAGCGUGGGUGGUGGUGCUGGGCUGGACUAGCAGACGACUGCUGUAGGAUUUUAAAUUAAUGUUUUUGACUCCUGUACAUUUUAUGGUAGCAUAGCAAGCAGUCUCACGGAAGGCAGGCUAGCCAUUCACGGCCUGACACACUGUAAUAGGUAGAAGCUUUCAGUGUGGUUUUUGUUGUUGUUUGGGUUUUGUGCCCCCCAUCCUACUUACCACCCACCUCCUCCUCGUCCCUACCUCCAUCCCUCUUCUGCCCUCUGCUGCGUGCUAGUCGUCGUUUUUACUCCUCAUGUGUACAACAUCUCACCAAGAAGCAAGAGCAUGGGGUCCAGCAGUUGGGACCCGAAAGACAGUCUGGAGAGGAAGCGAGCGGCAGCGGCGUCUGCACCGCCCACAGAGGGGCCGGGCCCCCGCCCAGCUGCAGUCUCCCAGCCUCUGCUUUCAGAGUGAAAUUCAAGGCAACACGGACACGUGUGCAUCACGCACAGAAGAAGACACAACGCAGUCCAUUCUGGAAAAGGCGAAAGAAAGGAAAAUAAACUUUUAUUUGAUAUUUAUUAGAAGGAAAGAGGACUGAAAAUUUUCUUGUGUAGAGACAGAAGAAAAGCAUUUCUGAUAGUCAUUUCCUGGAAAAGUAAUAUUUUAAGGGGAAAUUAUGAAAACAAUCUAAAUGUCCAGUUGCUGUGCUAGGGUAGGGUUAUUUUCUGGGAGGUCUCUCCUUUGCGUGUGUGUGUGAGUGUUCAUGCACGCACUCCGGCCCAUCUGCUCUCCGGGAGGGGAGGGAAGUGCGUGUGAGUGUGUGGAGCUAGCGUGGGACUUGAGAGCUGCAAAACAGCUGCAGAGCAAAGCACAUCCAGGAGCCCCGGUCGUCACUGGAGUCUGGGCAACCCCAGCAAAGGAAAGGGGUGAGAUCAAUGCUCGUUGCUCUUCCAAGAGAGUGGUUGGAGUCCCGUAUGCUUCCAUUAUUGCUUUUAGUUUGACAUGGUGUUUGGGUUUUUUUGUUUGUUUUAUUUUGAAAGGUCUGAAAGGGUGACGUCCCCCACCUAAUGGCAAUAUGAAACCCUUUGUGCUUCUCUCCAGCCCCUUCCCCGGCCCACCUUGCUCCAGUUCCCUCCCUCCCAAGCCUCCUUCCCUGCUGCCUUUACCCACUUUGUGUGUGUGAGCUCUGCAUUCAGGCAGCUGCAACAUUCCAGUGUUUGAACUGUCACCAAUUCUUGCACCUCAAGCUAACCGGCUUCACCGUCUCGCUCCUGUAGUGCCCACGUCCCAUCUGCAGCCCCAUUUCUGCAUGAGAAUUUGGUGUUUGGAAUGUUUUCUGACUCCUGGGGCGGGGUUCCUCGCCUUAUCAUCCUCAGUGUGGAGUAAUGAGGGAGAGGAGAAUCUUUAUCAGAAACUGGUUUUGUGUAGUAAAGUUUUCUUUUGUAUUUUUUUUUUUGUUUUUUUGUUUUUGUUUUUUUUUUGGUUUUUUUUUUCUGUUUUGUUUUGGUCUGUCUGUGCAAGACCUGCAGCUGCUGAAAUCAGCUUUGCCUUUAAUUAAACCAUGUUCUCUCCAACCA